CUCUUUUAAGGGGACAUCCUCCACUGCGGAGUCUGGGAAUGGAUAUGGGAGACCGGGAUGGAUGGUUUGAGACCAACCAUGCAAGAUUAGACUACCAGGACAUUGAAGCCAUCUCCACAGCCUCUAAAUCCGCUCUCUGUCACUCUCUCUCCCGCCCCAAAAAUGGAGGGAACCCUCUUCCCCAACCGGCCAACCCUGCCAAACCAAACCACAAAACCCCCCGAAAAACCCUCAAACCAUCCCACAAAAUUCAACCUUUCCCUCCCCCCUCCUCCCCCCCUCUCCCUCCCAGUCCCUUCCUUGGACUCCUUCCUUCAACAUCUCACCCAAGAGAAUCGCACCACCCCGUCCCAUAAAAAUCCCACCUUUCCUUCCUUGGAGCUCGCCCUCUCCUCGAUUCACCAGGAGAAGAGCUCCCCGGCCACGCUGCCUCGGCUCGGCAAUGGCCAAGAGGACUUCCGAGGAGGCCAACAGGACCCCCGCCUGGAAUUCCUCUCCAGAAAAGGCAAGUCUUUGCUCAAUUCCAUCAUCAAACAGCCUCUCCCCGCAUUGAAUUCCUAUCUGGAGUCGGCUAAAGAUGAGAUUUUUGGCCUGGAUUUGGUCAGCCUCUUGAAGGGGCUUGAUCUCUCGGGGAAUUGGGAGAGAGCCCUCCUCUUGUUUGAAUGGGUCGUCUCCAAUCCGGACGUCAGAGGAGCCAAAUUAGAUGCCCCGGCAAUCGAAGUCAUCGUUCGGGUGCUGGGCAGGCAAUCCCAGCAUUCCAUUGCCUCCGAGGUGUUUGAUUCUAUUCCACUGGAGGACUACUGUCUUGAUAUCCGUGCGUACACUACCUUGCUCCAUGCCUAUUCCCGGGCAGGCAAGUACGAUAGAGCCAUUGCCUUAUUUGAACAGAUCAAGGUGAAAGGACUGUCGCCCACCUUGGUCACCUACAAUGUAGUGCUUGAUGUAUAUGGUCGCAAGGGCCGGUCUUGGAACAGGAUAUUGACCCUUCUGAAUGAGAUGAAGAGCAGCGAAGUGGGUUUUGAUGAGUUCACUUGUAGCACUGUCAUUUCAGCUUGUGGAAGGGAAGGGCUGUUGGUGGAGGCAUCAGAGUUCUUCACACAAGUGAAGUCUCAGGGCUAUGUUCCGGGGAUUGUCACAUAUAAUUCUCUGUUACAAGUGUAUGGGAAGGCAGGAAAUUAUCCCGAGGCACUGAGUGUUUUGAAGGAAAUGGAGGAUAAUAACUGUGCACCAGACUCUGUUACUUACAAUGAGAUUGUAGCAACAUAUGCUAGAGCUGGUUUCUAUGAAGAAGGGGCAGCCGUGUUAGAUAAGAUGACUCGUGAAGGUAUCAGGCCCAACUCUGUUACAUACACCACUGUGAUAAAUGCUUAUGGUAAGGCUGGAAAGGAGAUCGAGGCUCUGGCUUUGUUCGAUCAAAUGAAGAAGUUGGGUUGUGUCCCAAAUGUGUGCACAUAUAAUACUAUUCUUGGAAUGCUCGGGAAGAAAUCACGAUCGGAAGAGAUGUUGAACCUACUCUGUGAGAUGAAGUCUAAUGGGUGUGUCCCAAAUAGGAUUACAUGGAACACAAUGCUCGCCAUGUGCGGUAAGAGGGGUAUGGAGAAAUAUGUGAGCCAGGUGUUUGGAGAGAUGAAGAAUAGAGGGGUUGAACCCGAUCGUGAUACCUUCAACACUCUGAUUGCUGCAUAUGGCCGGUGUGGGUUGAGGACUCAUGCUUUGAAGAUGUAUGAUGAGAUGGUUAAGGCAGGAUUUAGCCCCUGUCUCACAACGUACAAUGCACUAUUGAAUGCGAUAGCUAGGAAAGGUGAUUGGGUAGCUGCAGAGUCAGUUAUGCAAGAUGUGACGAACAAGGGCUUCAAGCCUAAUGAGCUAUCAUAUUCUUUGUUACUCCAAUGCUAUGCAAAAGCAAAACACAUUGAAGGGAUAGAAGCAAUGGAAAAACAAGUUUAUGAUGGUCAGAUCUUCCCAAGCUGGGUGAUCUUACGAACACUUGUGAUUGCCAACUUCAAGUGCAGAUUGUUGAAUGGCAUGGAGAAAGCAUUCAAGGAAUUGAAGACGAAAGGGUACAAGCCUGAUUUAGUUAUCCUCAAUUCAAUGAUUUCAAUCUAUGCAAAGCAUGGGAUGUAUGGCCAGGCUCGUGAUAUGCAUGAUUUGAUCCAUCAGAGUGGGCUGCAGCCUGAUCUGAUCACAUAUAAUAGCUUAAUGGACAUGUAUGCAAGAGCUGGAGAGUGCUGGGAAGCAGAAGAUAUACUGAAGCAACUUCAAGGAUCAGGAAUUAAACCAGAUGUAGUUUCUUAUAACACUGUGAUCAAUGGAUUUUGCAAGCAAGGGCUCAUGCAUGAGGCUAUGAGGAUUCUGUCAGAGAUGAUGGCGAAAGGUAUUCCUCCUUGCUUGGUGACUUAUAAUACCUUCAUCGGUGGUUAUGUGAACUUGGAGAUGUUCAGAGAAGCUAGUGAUGUUAUCAGCUACAUGAUGCAGCAUGACUGCAAGCCUAUUGAACUGACAUAUAGGACUAUUGUUGAUGGUUACUGUAAAGCAAAAAGAUAUGAAGCGGCCUUGGAAUUUGUAUCUAAUAUUUUGCAAAUAGACCCAUCUUUCAACAAGCAGUCGGUGCAUAAGCUCACUCGCCGGGUUCAGUCAUGGCAAUGAUCCAGCUAAUCUCUCCUGGUAAAUGAGAUUGUUGAGAUGCAGCAGUGUACCACUGAUUGUAAGUGCUACCAUUUGUUCAUAGUUUUUGUGGUCUAAAACUUCUCUUUGAAAUUGAGUGCCUGUAAUGCCAAUAUUGACUUGUUUGCAAUCAUGGUCUGGAAUUGUUUAUUCACUCAGAGUUGAACACUUUCUGGAUAUCUUGUAUGAGUUUAACAUUUCUAUAUUCUUAUAUAGCCAAGCCAACCCAAAGUAGCUAACUUGCAGUUUCCGUAGUCAUGUGUAGUUGGCCAUGCCAUUGAAUGGAAGCUUAGAAAUGCCUAUAAUUAUGCAGAAAAAUGGAACUUCCGUCUCAGUAGUGUUCUAGGAGACUUGUUAUUGUGGCCAACUGGAAACCAAUCAUUUUAAUGCAUGUUCUUUGGAAGACAUGCUGUGACCGUUGCACCAAGAAAACAAUUCAGAGAAUGGUGGAAAAGAUUCGCCAUAAAUACCGCCAUUAUCUAAUGCAGAUCUCUAUAGAACCAAAGUUUGGAAGAAUCCAACGUGGAUUGUUUUCUGGUCGAAGCUUCAUGUAGAGUUUGCAGUUUUUGGAAGAAUGUCAUCAGAGCUGCGGACAUUUUCAGAUGCAGUUUCAGAUUUGAUGUUAGAAAUGGAAAACCCUGUUCUCUUUUGGAAUGAUAUAUGAUGGGCAAAAAGCUUGCUGGAAAUAUAUUUUCUUAGCUUAUUAUUGAGAUCUAGAAUGGGUGGCAGUUUCUUGGUUCAUUUCGUGUAGGCUGGAAUGACAAUAUCGUAUUAGAGACAGGAUAUCUUGGCCUUCGGAUGUGCAGAUGAAGUUGCAAAAUUUGCUUCAGUUUUUUGAGUGGUUUUAAGUUGGGGGAUGUAAGGGUUUGGAGAUGGGACCCCCUGGAUUUAUGAUACUAUCGGGUCCCUCUAGGUCUUUGAAGUCUUAUCAUCUGACAGGGUUUUGAAGAUUUGAAAGUACAUUGCUCCGCUGUCAGUUAAGGCAUUUUCACAGGUCAGUCUACCAAAUGAAAUGUGGAGAAGAGGAAUUGCUAUGUUUUUUUAGAUGGAAGAGAUUUGCAGUUGUUGCAGCAUUCUGCAUCCUGGCUGUUUGUGCUGUGAUUGUUCAACUGGCAUUUUUCCUUCACAUGCAGAAGACCAGCCAACUUUUCAAGCCCACUGAUAUUUGCAACUGCAUUAUUCAAGGAUACACCCGAUAUCCAUGGAGGCUGGCUAUUUGGCAUUUGGUCCUUCAGUGUACAUCUGAGUCAAAGACAGGAAAGUAGAGCUCUGAUGCAUUCUGAUCUUGUGCCCGUGACUUGGAUAUGAACACAAAGAAGUUCCCCAUCAAUAUUUUUGUUGAAUUAAUUAGCUCUUUUUAUGCUGCGUACUUGCUCAUUCUACUGGUGACGUGAAAGCGAAAGCAUAAAGUGGAUAAAUUAGCAGGAUCAGCUUUUUAUGAAUACAAGGUUCUCAAUUGCCCAGGUUCUUCAUUUCUUGAUCUAGUUAUAUCUGCACGAGCAAUAACCAUCAGGCUGUUCUUUUUUUUUUGGUUGUUCUUCUUUUUCUGUUCCAUCACACAAGUCAAUGUAGUAAGCUUUCCGUGGAUAAUAUUUCGGAGUGUAGGUGUAUAGCUGUUUCUUGUUAAUUUCAUAUGGUAGGAACAAUUCUUUGUGAAUUGUGAUAUCAGUCCUAUUUUGUUUAUGUUUCUUUGAGGAUGAAUGGUCUCUUUGAUA